AUGGCAUUGACUUUAUCGAAAAUUAUACCGGCUCCGUCGUUGCCCGGGUUACCAAAGGCCGCGCAGGCUGUUGGAGGGUAUGAGGUAAGCGAUCAGAACCUGCUCACCGCCCUAUGCCAGUCGGAGCGAAGCAGCAUAACAACUGCAGAAGAAGAUCGACGCAACGACGUCGAAGAUACCAGUCAGCAACAGAGUCGCUAUCCGUUCUGA